AUGAAGCAAUCUACUUCAGUUAAAAAGUUUACUAAGGAGGAAGAGAUGCUCUUAGAGCAAUACGGGCGUACUUCGUCCAAUAAAUCCAUGAAGAUAAUCAACGGAAAUGCUCUCAUGAUUGCAGCGGCUCCCAUCUGGCUUUAUUGGCGUAUUCACGAAAUGGACUUUGCUCUCUAUGCUAUUCUAUUUGCUAUUUUUACCCCACUCGCUACUUACCUUAUUUCCAUUGCUUAUAACAACUCGAGAGGCCCGUUGAUGGAGAGAAUUGCUAUCAUUCGAGCCGAUGCUAUUAAUCAGGAGAUUACUAAUCAAAUUGGAAAUGAUAAGAAAAUUUCCAAGAAGGACAAAGAUGAUAUGGUUCGUCAAAAAACAAAGGACGUUGCUGACUACGAAUCUACAAUGUUCUCAAUCUUCUACAUCAACGCUAUUUUUAUCGUUAUUUUGAUGAUCACCUCAACUGUUCUUCAUCAGCUCUCAAAUCCCAUCAACUAUAGUUUUUCAAUGUUGGUCGCCUCGGUUUCAACUGCCUUUUUAUCAUCAUCUGCAAAGCCCAAGCAACAUCGGGCUUAA